CUUCCGAUUCUUCUCUCCCCCUCAGCUCUCGCUCGGACCCACUGGGGCUUGGUGGGUCGGGGCGUGAGGUUCUUGCGGGUGUUCUGACCGGGCCCUGCCUCGUAGCGGUUCUCCGUGGGUGCUGAGCCCUAGUCCGGGGAAAGGCGCGCAGAGCAGGUAGAGGAGAAAAGGAGCAGGGGAAAGAGGGCGGGGCGGGUCUGCCCCUCGCGGCCCCGCCCCUUUCUCUCGGCUCCUGCUCUCCAUCCCUCCCGCCUGCCAGGGGGCUCUGGGGCCAGGUCCCCUGGGCGGCAGCGGUCCGGCGGAGGUGCUUCAGCUCCGCGGCCGCCUUUAUCCCGCCGCCGCCUCGCCAACCUGCCUGCCCCCCGCCCCCAUCCGCUUCCCGCCAGCGUCUGAACCGGGAGGAUGGUGGGAUUCGGGGCCAACCGGCGGGCCGGCCGCCUGCCCUCCUUGGUGCUGCUGGGGCUGCUGGUAGUGAUCGCAAUCCUCGCCUUCAACUAUUUGCGGGUCUCCUCCCGCCACGUCCUGCUUCAGGAGGAGAUGCUGGAGCUGCAGAGCCAGGUGCAGAGGACCGAGGUCGCCCGCAGUCACCUGGAGAAGCGCAACUCGGACCUCCUGCUGCUGGUGGACUCGCACAAGAAGCAGAUGGACCAGAAGGAGGCCGACUACGGCCUCCUCAGCAGCCGGCUGCAGGCCAGGGAAGGCCAGGGGAAGAGAUGUGAAGAUGACAAGGUUAAGCUACAGAACAACAUAUCAUAUCAGAUGGCAGACAUACAUCGUUUAAAGGAGCAACUUGCUGAGCUUCGUCAAGAAUUCCUUCGACAAGAGGAUCAACUUCAUGAUUACAAGAAGAACAAUACUUACUUUGGGAAGAGGUUAGAGUAUGAAAGUUUUCAGUGUGGGCAACAGAUCAAGGAACUAAGAGCACAGCAUGAAGAAAAUAUUAAAAAGUUAGCAGAUCAAUUUUUGCAAGAACAAAAGCAAGAGGCCCUAAAGACUCAGCAGAAUAAUGUAAUUGAAAUGGAUAAAAAAGAUCAGGAAGUACCCAAAAAUAUUCCAAGUGAAGAUGAGAAUGCUGUAGAUAAGAAUGAGAAACCCUCAAGCAAUCAUGAUCCACAUGGGAAAGAACAAAUUAAACGAGCUGGUGAUGCAGGCAUGCCUGGAAUAGAAGAGAAUGACCUUGCAAAAGCUGAUGAUCUUCCUACCUCUUUAAAGAAGCCCAUUAUUUCAGUUUCUCAGCAUGAAAGCCAUCAAGAAAACAUACAUCCUCCAACUGGAGAGCCUCACCCCCCAAAUAUGGCACCAGAUUUGCAUGUUAACCACAUUGGAAACCCUGACACUUUGAAGCAGAUACCUCCCAAUCCUCUUCAACGUUUAAUUCCUGGCCCAAACUUGGAAAAUGAAAAUGAACACAAAAUUCAGACAGACGUGUUAAAGCAGGCUUCAAAGGAUAGAGUUGGUGACUUCCAUAAGAUGAAACAAAGCCGGUUCUUUGAUGAAAAUGAAUCCCCUGUUGAUCCGCAGCAUGGCUCUAAAUUGGCGGAUUAUAAUGGGGAUGAUGGUAACGUAGGUGAGUAUGAGGCAGACAAGCAGGCUGAGCUGGCUUACAAUGAGGAAGAAGAUGGUGAUGGUGGAGAAGAAGACGUCCAAGUUGCAGAUUCUAGACCAAGAUAUACCAGGAGCCACCAGUAGUAGGAACAGAACCUUCAUUAAGCUUCCAUAAGCAGAGAUGAUGAAGAACGUGAACUUCAAAUGGACCCUGCAGACUAUGGGAAGCAACGCUUCAAUGAUGUUCUAUAAAUUUUAGACUGGAGGAAAACUGCAGAAAAACUUAAUUGCUGUCAAAUGGAACCAUUUUUGCUUCAUUAUUUCUUGGCUUUUAUUUUUAAAAUCACCUGUAAAGAAACAAUGAGAAGAAACUUAAUGGAGAACUUUAAUAGUGAAAUGUAUAUAUGUAUAUAUUUGAACUUUUGCAUAUUGUAUUAUGAAACCCAGAGAUGUUUUUGGUUCUUUUAUAGUUGAACCAAUAAACAAAGCAAACAAAAACUGUAAUCUUUGCAUUUAAAGCAAACUAAUGUAUCUAUUUCAAAAUUUUUCUUUGAAUUGUUUCCUUAAAUUGGUAAAUUGGAGAUAUGGCUAUAUAGUUUAUGUUUAACAUAGCAUAUCCAGAAUGGUGGAAAUAAGCUGAAAGCUUUCUUUUAUACACAAAUAUAUUCUUGAUUGGUUCAAUACAUGUUCUGCUCCAUCCCUCUGCUCCUCAUUUUGAGUUCUUGAAGAAUGGCACCUAGAUACUUAUGUGUAAGGGGGACAUAGGAGGGUAACGUAUGAAAAAUCAUCACCCAAACCUUGUUUUAUAUGAGUGCUGUUUUCUGUUCUGAGGAUAAACUUUCAAAAGGUGAGAUAACUUAGAAAUACAUACAUUCUUUUGACAAGUUGUAUCUCCUCAUUUGAAAAAACUGAAAAUUGAAUUGAAAUUGAAUUUAGGGGUGGGGGUAGGGGGAAAGCAUGGCUGUAUUUUUAUCUUUUUAAUACCAGUACUAUUUAACUGUAGGCAACAGUGACCAUACUUUUUAUAUCUCCAGUUAAGAUUGGUAAUAGUGUUCAUGAUUUAAAUGCCAGAUACUGGAUGGGGCUAAAUUGGCUUCAUACAAAACCUGAAAUCAGUAUUUCACAGAUUCUCUAAUAGUUUUAGAGAAUUCUCUACAAUGCAGUAUUUUCCUACACUUUAUCAGAAUGAAUAUACAUGGAAUUUUUGAUGAAUGUCCAAACUGUUAAUAGAAGUAUAGUGAGUCUGCAGCUGUUUUAUUACAAAUAGUUUAAAAGUUUAUAUUAGAGAGGUCUGAGGUAUAUAUAAUUUGCUAUUACUUAAUGUUAUUGUUAAAAACCCAUUUAUCUCAUAAAUAUUUAAAUCUCAGUUUCUCAAAAUUAAUUUGAAUGCAUAUAUCUUAAGACAUUUGACCUAUUUGACAUUGUUGGUUUUCUAUCUCACUAGAAUUUGUAAGUUAAGUAAUUUUUGUAAUCUGGUUUAAAGCACUUUUAAAUUUUACAAAAAUAGUUCUAUUCACUAAAGGAGAAAUUGAGAAUGUUAACCCUAACUGCUAUUCAGAAGGGCUACUGUUAAUAGCACAUAAACAUAAAGGUAUUUUUCUCUUUCUGUACUCAGGUUGAAGUCUAAAUCACAAAUAAUAGAAAUAAGUGGAUCCCUCAUUUCAUUAACUGUUUCAGGUUAUCUGGGAAUCAUUUUGUAACCAAGAGAAGGUGCUGUAAUUUAGGCAAUGAACAAGCUUUUUUUGCACCACCCGAGGAUUGGUUUCUUUGUCACCAAUAGGAUAAAGCCUACUGUGGAGAGAGAAUUCAUAGAACAAUUUAAAUACUAUUAAGGAGACAAUGGGGGCAGGGAGGUAAGACUUCCAGUAAUACUUUGUAUCUAAUACUGUAUGAUCUUAUAGAAUUUUAAAACGUUUGCCUUAGUUCCUUUGGCCUAAAACCAAUCAUUUGGGCAUCUUAGUAGCCAUCACUUAUUUACACAGUUAAAUUUCUACUAGUAGCCUAAAAUUUUUAUAACCCUAGAAAUCUAGAUCCAAUUGAUAUAAUUUCUCUUAUUACUAUAAAAACAUGCAUCUCUUAAGACUGACAUUCUACAGAUUUUAUUAGAAAUGCUGGUUUUGUGACGUUUACUUCUGCCUUAAGAUUUAAUUUUUAUGUAUUUUUGCCCCACAUUGUGUUAAUUUGAUGGAAACUUUGCUAUUGCAGUCACCACUUUCUGGUUCCUACUAAAUUAAGAAUUAAUAAAAAGAACCUUUUCAUUUUAUUGGUGCUGACUCUGAUAUAUAUGAUAUAUAUGAUUACUAUAUAUAUGAUAUAUAUGUGAUAGCAAAUAACUACAGUCUAAUGUCAGUAUAAAAUUUUUUAGUAAUGUUAUAGUAUAGUUGAAUAAUAUUAUUUCUAUAAAAACAAGUAAAAUCCUGUAAUGGUUGUGUUUUUAAAAAAAAGGCCAUAAGUAUCCAGCUUUGCUAGGUUAGGUUAUUGAGAAUGAACAAUAGUUUUAGGGACAUGUUUCUAAAAGAAAGGAAAGAUUUUAACAUAUCAGACACUACAAAAACAGUUAAUUUUUACUCUAAGAUAUUUAUGCUUAAAAUUCAGAGAUAAAAGUAGUUAGCUGAACCCACUACCUAAGGGAUAUUAGUUAAAGCAGUCUGACAUGGUCAGGAUUUUUCCAUUUUUUUCUCAGAAUGAGAAUGAAUACAUAUUGGAAUAAUCAAGUUCAUCAUGAUGAAAUACUAUGAACUUAGUCCUUUCUUCAGUGCUUCUUCUGUGCAAUGUUUCCCCAGGUUUUUCAUUUCAUGCUACCUUCUAAAUUUGCAAUGGCAUAUUUAGAGGUGAGGCUCAGAGAUUCCUGAAACAAAAAUUGAUAUAUGAGUAUCUUUUCUUAGAGGGUUGAUAGAGCUCUUUGAAAAGAAUAUGUUUUACUAUAAUAAUCAUUUUCUUCCUGUAACCAAGAAUAUAACCUGCCCAAUUCUUAUUUUUCUGCUUUUCUGUCCCCACAGAGACUUCAUCUAUUCUCACAGUUCCAGCUGUCACCUCUCUAUGCACAGCCCUCAAAUCUAUAUUUCCAUGAUUACCCUCUUUUCUGCACUUCAUUCAUGACGUCUCACCUACCAAUAGACAUUUUCCUUGGUGCCUGGCUGGUAUCACAAAUGCAACAUAUGAAAGCCCAAACUCAUCUCCACCCCCAAUCAUUCACAUGCAUCACCCUCCACCCCCCACCCCCCCGCCAAAAAAAAGAAAAGAAAAUGCAACUGCCUUCCUAAAUUCCUCAUUUCCAUUGCUGUAAUGACAAUAUGGUAUAGUGGAAAGAGUACUUGCCUUGAAUUAGAAGACAUGGAAUUGGGACUCUUGUUACUUUCUAACUGAGUAAUCUUGAACAAAUCAUUUGGACCUCUCAGAGCCUCAGUUCCUACCUACCUCAGAUUAUUGUGAGGAUCAAAUGAGAUAAUGUAUAUGAAAGCACUUUGUAAUUAAGUGCUAACACAUGAAAGGUAUUAUUAUUCUCCCAGGCACACAGGCCUGAAACCUUGGAGUCAUAUUUGACUCUCUAUUGCCUCCUGUAUAAAAUUAUUUUGCUGCUCUAUCAAUGCUUUUUUUUUUUUUUUUCAAAUGUGCCCCUUCCCUUUUGCUACCAGUCUAGUCAGGUCCUUAUUACCACAUGCUUGAAUUAUUGCUAUAACCUAAAUUAUUCACCUUUGAGUUUACUCCCUCAUGCACUUCAUUUUGUAUGUCACCACCAUAUUCAUUUUCCUAAAACAUGACUCCCCUGCUCAAAAACCUCCCUUGGCUUUAUCUUAGAGGAAACUUCCUAAGCCUGAUAUUUAAAGCUUUUUCCAAUUGGCUUCAGUGUAUUCUAGUCCUCCCCAAAUCAAGUUUCCAUUCCAGUCAAACUGAGCGACUCAAUAUCACCUUGCUCAUUCCUAUCUUGUGUCUUUGCUCACAUUGUUUUUAGAUCCUACUCCUCUUGAAGGACCUUGUUCAAUUCCCUUGUUUCCAUUAAGCCUUUCUUACUAAAACUCCUGUUCAUAGUGAUUUUUCCUUCCUUUAAGAUCUCAUAGUAUUCAGUGUACCAUUUUAGCAAUUAAUCACAAACUGCCUAGUGUCCUUCAACUUUUUACUCAUAAAUGUCUUAACUUCCCAAGCAUUAGAUUAUAAGCACCUCAGGAGCAAGAACCAUGUCUUACACUUAUUUCCCCUACAGUGCCCAACUCAGUACUAUGCAGAUAAUAGAUAGUAGGUGCUUAGUAAAACUGUUAGUUGUGAUCAGCUGCUAAAGAUGACUACUUUGUUUAAAAAUGACUCCUGUUUGAGAGGAUGGAGAAAACAGAAAUGUGUUCAACCAGUGAACAGAACUUCUCUAAUGACAGUCAAGCUACCAAGUUAUUUAUAAAAGUUGUAUCUAGGUAUCCAACAAUUCAGGUCAUGGAAUACUGAAUUGAGAAAGGGGGAUACAGAAUAUAAAAUGAAAAUGAAAGAAUGAUUCCUAGGGAAAUGUGAACAAUCAUACCAUCAAUCUUUUUUAAAGGAAUAAAAUAAAUAACCAAAUUUUCACUUUUGGAAUAGACUUAAGCAGUCAAUUAGUCCAACCUGUACUUCAGUAGUUUUCUUUUGUUAUACUGUCUCUGUUGAACAAUUUUACCAGAAAAAAAAAAGAGUCAUCUUAAGAUUUCAUACCUAUUUUCUCUUGUGUUAUUUGCAGUCAUGUGAUUAAGUUAGACCUUUGUAGUUAGGCAACAAAGUAUCCUUUAGAACACCGGGACUGAGCAUCCCCAGGAGAAAGCAUGCUUAUUAAAUUGACUCAAUAGAGAGAGGCUGUGCACUAACAUUGUGUCAAUGUUAAAAAUCAUUUCAGUGAAUUUUUAUCACUGAAAAACACUUAAUGUACAUGAUAUGUACUGUACAUUGUAUUGUAUAAAGCAAGUUUAAGUUAACUGCCCUCUGAGAGCUCAUGUUUCAAGUGGAUAAUGUAGAUAUAGACAUAUAAGAAAAAGCACGCUUGGUGAGAACACAGAACAAAAAUAAAAUGCUUAAGGUACAUACCUGGUUUUCUGUGUGCAGUGGAAAAGGUGUGUGACAGUAGCUUAAUGUGGGAAGCAUGGCAAUAAUGAUAUAUAAGUUAUUGCCUGCCUUUCUUUAUCCUACCUGCCUUUGUCCCAUAACUCCAUUAGGACCCUUAACAUUGUCCUAAGCAUCUAAGUGGGUGAGUGGUUCUGAAUAAAUGCAUCUCCACGUGUCUGCCUCUUCCCUUGACACCAGUAUCCACAUUAAAGGACUAUUCUCUUUAAGGAGCCCUUCUGAGACAAAAUUUUUGUUAUAUCAUGCCCCAACCUUUUUUCAUCUUUGUUCUCUUCCUACUUUCAAUCUAGUUCUCUCAUGUUAAAUGUGAAAUAACCAAAAAGAUGAGGAGGAAACUCCAACAAAAUAACUAAAUUUAAAAGAAUCUCAAUGUUUUGUGUCGCCUGUGCUAUAUUUGUCUAAUUUAUACUAUGUAAAAUAAGCAUCUUGUGUAUUUCUACUGAGCAGGGGCCAUGUCUUUGUAAUCAAGUUUUGUGGGAUCUUGUCUUCAUUAGAAGCUCAAUAAAUAUUCAUGAUAAUUGUGCAAAAUUUAUAUCCCUUUAAAUAUAAUUGACAAAUGGAAUUUGUAAGUAAACUAGACUCCCCUGUGGAGCAAUUUAGUAAACAGCUAGUCAACAUAUGUGUGUGCCUGACCAGAGUUGUAAUGGGAUCAUAAUGCCCAUUAGGGCAUUUGGAUUACCCACAGUGGAAUCCUCAGAGACCCUAUGAACAACAGUCUUGCUAAUUAGUACAACCUUUUCUCCACCAUACUGUCACAACUAUUCUUGUUUUCUAGUAUUCCUUCAUCAACUCCCCUUUUAUUGGGAGAUUAUGUUUUCUCUAACUCCCCUUCCCAUACCUGCCAAUUUCUACUUCUUUACCUGGGUACCUGGGUAAAACAAGGCAGUGAUCUUCCUUUUACAAUACUGAAAAUCCCGAUGUACCUCUUUGGCAGAGGAGAUGAAAAUGGAGAUUAGAAAGUUAGGAGUAGAAACUUAUGAAAAAUUUUAAAGAUCAAUGUAUAUUGGGGGCAAAUAGGUGGCGCAGUGGAUAAAGCAUUGACCCUGAAUUCAGGAGGACCUGAGUUCAAAUCCAAUCUCAGACACUUGACACUAGCUGUGUGACCCUGGGCAAGUCACUUAACCUUCAUUGCUCCACAAAAAAAAAAAAGAAAGAUCAAUGUAUGUUGCAUGUUACCUGUUGGUAUAUCUGCCAAACAUGGAACUGACCUAGAGCAAAGUUCACAUUAUAAGAGUAAGAAAUAUUGAGGAAAAUUUGAUGGUGGUAUAAAUAAGGAGAGGAAAAGCUUUUUGAUACUAUGUAAGAUUGUGUAUAAUAACUUAAGAACAUGCUUCAUAAGGUAUUUUAAUACUUCAUUUGGGUUUUGCAGAGUAGUUUCUGUUACUU